CAAGGUUUGAUCUAUAAAGAAAAUGGAGAUCCAAGAGGAAAGUUAGAAGGUCACGUAUGGGAUAUAGACACAAAAAAUCUCAAAGAAGGUGAAAUAUUUGUCAAAAUUGGUCAUGCAUCAGUAAAUCCGGCAGAUUUCAAUGUGAUCCAAGGCGUUUAUCCUGCUAAACCGGAAAAACAAAAACUUCCCGGAAUAGAAGAAGAAGUUUGGAUAGGAGGAAAUGAAGGUUUUGGUGUUGUUGAAAAAUUAUCAGAAAAUGGCGAUUUGAACGGAUUAAAAAGAGGUGAUUGGGUAAUCUUUUCAAAACCACAAAUUGGAACUUGGAGAAGUGGUUUAAUUUGCAAUGCAAAUGAUGUAAUCAAAAUUCCAAAUAGAAAAGAAAGUCAAAUUACACCUUAUAUGGCUUCUACCUUACAAGUUAAUCCUGCAACGGCAUACAGAAUGUUACAUGAUUUUCAUCAAUUGGAUCCGAAAAAAGAUGUAAUCGUUCAAAACGCUGCCAAUUCAGCCGUUGGACAAGCAGUUGCUCAGAUUGCGUCUCGCAAACUAAAAGUGGCUUCCAUUAACUUCAUAAGAAGUAACGCCUAUUCCGAAGAACUACAAAAAGCCUUUGAUUCUUACAGCAAAGGGGAUGAAAGUUGCAAAGCUUAUUUGUUCUCUUAUGAGCACUUGGCGGAUCGCAAUAGCGGGUUGAAAGAAAGGAUAAAGACAAUCUUGGGUGAUAGACAGAUCAAAUUGGGUUUAAACGCAGUAUGUGGCCAAGCAAAUGCAGAUAUGGCCAAGCUUAUGAGCACAAAUUCAACUUUGAUCACCUACGGAGCAAUGUCUAGACAACCACUUACUGUUCCAGCAGGUUUGAUAAUCUUUCAAAAUAUGGCAAUUCGUGGAUUUAUGAUGAAUAAGUGGUAUGCACAAAACGGAUUAAAGGAACGUGAAGAAUUACUGAAAACGUUGGUG